GCAAGGGAGGUGUGGCUUAGUGAGGAUAUCAAGAUGACUCUCCAUAAGGUUCUUCAGAGGUUGAGAGAGUACAUAACCCUGAAGCAAUGUCCAUUUCCACAUGUUAUGCGGACAGGGGCAGUGUUCAUCCCCAUGCUGGUGGUGAAGGAGCUGCUGUUUCCUCAAGUCCAGGGCAGCUUCAUUGACCAGGUGCUUCAGGAGCACAAAGUAAAUUUGCGGCCCACCACUCUCUCAGAGGAAAAGAGUCUUACUGAGCUCUGUAAACGUUCCUGCUCCAACAAGCUAAAGAGGCUCCUCUCUCUCAAACACCUGCCGGACAUUUAUCCUGAUGUAGUCAGCCUCUUCUAUCAUGCCUGUGUCCACAAGCAUCUGGCAGUGGAGCUUGAUGAGCCUGCUAAGAGACACCCAGAUGAAGACUCGAAAGAGACUGAUCCUUCCAAGAGUUCUACAUAUUCUGAUAUCAUCACAUCCUCACUAGGCUCUGGGUCAGACGAACCAAGACAGCUGGAGGACCAGAAGAAAAACUCACAAUUGAACAAGCAUAGAACAAAAGGCUGGGUGAAGAGCAGGUCAGGGCAUUCGGUUUUGGAGGAUGAGGGAGUGAAAUGCACAGUUCAGCUUGGAGAUGAAAAUGUUAUGCCCACACUUGAUGAGAGACAGUUGAAUCAAGUUAAAGGGAUUCCAGAGGAGAAUCCUUCGCACAUCACUCCUCAGGAGGAGUGCGAGUACUUAUGUCCUUUGAGCUCAGAUGAACUCGGGUCAUCUACUAGUGACACUGAAAUAGAGGGCGCCUCCACCCUGCCCGGUGUCAACCAAUCCGCAACCCUAGCCAAAUGCCAGGAAAGAUCCAAGAACCAUCCAGGCAUGAUUCUCAAACUAAAGAAGGUAUCAUUUAAUAAAGACCACCACAGUAGAAGGGCCUGCUACCAGCCAGUUUCCACCACUGGAACGGUUUCUAAUCCUUCCUUCUCGGAGGCCAAGAAUGGACAGAGGAAGCAGACCAAAAGAAGCAAGGGUGACCCCCGCAGGAAAAUAACAUCCAGGGUCACCCACAGGUGGCAGAUAACAAAGCGUUUCUCUCAUGCCCUGCGACUUCUAAGCAGUUCUUCCCCAAGAAGGCACCAACCCCUCAUAAAAAUCAAAUACUGCCCCUUCCUGUCUACCUUCCACAGCGCUGAGCACAGAAGGCGUUGGGUGCUUCGCUCGGCUGUCCAGAGGGCCCGGCAGGCCAUGACGUUCUCCUACCCAGACCUGGUGGGGAAGAGAAUUCAACAUUUGUAUGAGGAGGAUGACAAGUCAGAGGUGUGGUACAGGGGAGAGGUGGUGUGUAUCCAUGAAGCUCACCCCAAUCCUCUCAAAACUGUGUUUGAAGUAAGGUACGACAGUGAGCCGGAAUGGAAGUACUACCUGGAGCUGUUGAUCGAUUAUAAAAAAGGCUGGCUCAAAAUAGACUAGGUUCUUCACAAAUGCCUUACUCUGUGUUUUUGGUAUUUCAACAGACUUUUGUUUUGAAUUGAUACUGUAUGUGUAUACAGUAUCAGUAUACAGAGAACGAUUCUGUGGAUGGAGUUUUUGGAAUGUGUUGCACUGAGUGGAGGUGUUGGCCGUUUUUUUUUUUUUUGUUUUUGCUGUGUUCUGUUUUUGGGGUUUUUUAGAUGUGUUUUUGUGUUGCACUACUGUGGGAAAUGUAAUUUUGUCUCUUUUGUAUAUGUAGUACAUAAUAUGACCAAUAAAUUGUUCUCGAUACAGGUAGUCCCGGGGUUACGAACGAGUUCUGUUUUUGAGUCUGUAAUUUUAAAAAGAUCCAUAAGUACACAUGGGUAUAUAUGUGAUUGAUUUUGUUACCUGUUACAAUAUGGUAGAGAAUUUUCAUGCUGACUGGUUUCACUUGACUUUAAUUUUACUGUGUGUGUAAAAUGAAGGCAGUGGCAGUACUUUACCUCUGAACCAAGCUGCUUAAGAGCCUCUUGCUAAGAUGUGCUCUGAGUCAGGGUAUUUCCAUGGCUGUGAACAUUAAACUUUCCUGUCAGUUUUUGCUAGAAUUGAAAUAUUUAAUGUUUUCAUAAUUGCAUUUUGAAGAACAGAGGCUCGCUUAUAUGCAUUGUUCAGCUCUGAAAUGUUAAAAUGUCUGUGUUUUCUCAUGUACAUUAAGUUGUUCCUCUUAAGAGUUUGUCAUGGGAUAUUUGUUUUGAAAGUAAAAAAAAAUUAUUUUCCAGAAUCUUGAGCCAUUUAAUUUGAAAUCAAAAGUAAUCAGAUUGAAUAAACAUACAAACUUUAAACACUUAUCCAUCCUAAUGGCCAUACUUUCUUUUGGGAUGGUAGUAAUCUUUUGCAUCAGAUUUCUUGAGCAUCAAGAAACCAGCCAGAUAUUUUCUCAACUCAAAGCAGAAAAAAAUAUAUAAAACUUUGUUAGAAGAAACACUCAACGGUAGGGAAAGUGCUCAACAAAUGAGCAAAAUAAUUACUUGACUCACUGGAUUUUUUAUAUAUAAUGUAAUAACCUGAGCAAAUUUCAUGCCAGCAAUAAGAUAUCAUACAUUAACCAGAGGCAGGUAACUUUUUUUAAGGAUGUCUAUACAACAGCCCAUCAAUUUUGCCUGUCAUUUUUAUUUUUUGGGCAGAAUCAAGUAUACAUGGUCCUUGUCUCCCUCGUGUGGCAUACUAUUGAAGCUGCAACGUCUUCACGCCCAGAGCUCCUGAGGGGAGGUUAUGUGGCCUAAUGCUUCGUGUUGUGCUGAUAGUGGAGAGUUGAGAACAUUGAAAUUACAGGAAAGGGGGUUUGGUCUGCACAAGUCACAGAAAGACCACACUGAAAGUUUUUUUUUGAUUAAACAAUACCUGCCACAACAAAGAUGUAUAUUGUGCAUUAUGAAACAAUCACCCAUACCAGAGGGAUGUUUGCAACAUUUUGCACUUUAAUAUUUUCUCCAAAACAGACAACUAAUUUCUUCCACAUUUUUACACUAUGUAAAUACGAAAUAAAACACCUUUUGAUAGCAUAAAGAAAAGAUAUAUGUAGAAAAGUAUUAAAAGUUUUUGGAUGUCUCACUUUAAUGAAUGUAGCUGCUUCUGUUACUUUGUUAACUUGAAAUGCUUAUGAACUACUAGCAGACAUGAAAACAGUGAGCCCUGGAUAAGAAUGUCAGCCUUAUGAUCACAGCAAUAGCUGGUGUUCUGUACCUGCAAGACAAUUUGAAGAAAACUGCCCACCUUUAUUUGCUCAAUGUGUUACUAGGUUUUUAACAUGGGCUGAGACACAAAAUAAAACAGGAAAGUGACAUACAAACAACCACUUGAAUCCUUAUAUUAACAAUCUGCAAGUAAAUCAGUGCAAAAACCUUUUUUUUUUCUUUUUUUUUUUUUUGCCAGAUCAAAGUUAAAAUGAAAUUACCAAAAUGCUUUCAUUUCACCAAUAUUCUGGAAGACAACCACAGCUCUCUGUCAAGGUUUGUAGAAUACGCUACAUUAUAAAAUACACAGCGCAUAGAUGCAUUAUGAACAUUUGGGUAUCAUAAUUGAGACCAAGCCUAUUCUAAUGACUCACACAGUACUCCCAAUAAUGAGAUUUCUCAUGACAUUUAUUCAAAUAAAACAAUACAGAUUUUUAUUUUUUGCUAGGAUAAAAUAAGUUUGUUGAACAUGUAAGCAUUUGGGAGAGAAUUCCUUAAAGAUCUGAGAAUGGGGUUAAAGGAUGCGUUUUAAAGAUGGCUGACACUUUGGUGUCAUCUUCUGACUUGCACUAAUAGCUGUAUGUUCAUGUCCCCUCGUCAGUCUUGUAAAAGACCGCAGUAAUGCAGAGACAUAUGCGAGCAUUUACAAGCAGAGAGCUUGACGUCCAGAGCGACCACCACACAGAAAAAUGUGAUACCUAUAGGGGCAGUGGCAUUUCACUGUCAAUUCUUCAACAUGUGUGCGAAAAACACUAAUGCAAAAGCAUGUCAACAGCAUUAUAUAUAUAUUUAUAUAUAUAUAAAAAAAAAACAAUCCUACAACCCUCUGAACUUUGCUCUAUACUUCCCAUCUGUCUACUAAGGCUCACGCAAGUCUGUCUGUGUAGCUAGGUUUAAAGCGAUGCACGGACUCACUGCAAUGUAAAAGAUCUCGUCAAAUAAACCACGGUCAUCAUCAGCCCCGCUCCAUUUGGGAGUUCCCAUCUGGAGUGAUGCAAAAUGCCUGACCCUGUAUGACAUUGAUUACCAGCAACAGAUAGCUGCGCUGUCAGUACAUUCCAUUACCCUCAUUCUAUAACCAAGGUGCAAGCUGAGUUUUAAGAGCUACCUCAAGCCACGUUGAGUGGGAAAAAAAAAAAAGAAAAGAAAAAUAAGAGUGAAUGUCACUCAGUUUGGCUCUUGUAAAUUAGUAAUGUUCUCAAACGUCUCUAAAAACAACUAAGGGAAGGUACAGUAAAAGGGUUAGCGUAGAGGGAUUCUGGGCUGGUGCAUUCCCCUUCACCUGUAAAUUAAUCCCCCCCCCCCCCUCGGUUUUCGAAACCUUCUGUGCACUUUCACAGGGUCCUCAAUCUCAGUUCCUGACAAGUAACCGUUUCUGGAAGUCUCUAUUUUAGAGUUAAUGGUAAGUAGCGAUUUACGCGCCACUGAUGAGACUGAGGAUGAUGUGGUGGGGGGGGGGGUUGCCCUAAUUGCCAAAGACCUAACUCCCACACUAUAGUGGAAGGUAGAGACUCACCUUACACACCAAAUGUACACCUUUUUGGAAUAUUGGUAAAGAAUAAAUAUUUCUAAAUUUAAAAAUUAUGCAAACACGUGCCACUCUUGCUCUUUAAUUUCCAUGCAUAUGGAUCACUUACAAAAUUGAAAAAUACAGACUUGCUUUUUUGAUCUUUUCUCUUUUUUCACCCCGAAAUGUCUUUGCCCCUUUGCAAUCAGCCAAACAACAUUCAGCGAUCCAGACAAGGAUCUCACCACACAUAGCAGACAUGGCCAGGACAAUUAAAGCUGUGCUUAAAACAUUUUCACACGAAUGAAUGGAAGAAAAAAAAGUCAA